UGGUGGGUGGUGUAUGCGCCUCCUGAGUCGGACCAGAAGUCCACUCCGAGCACCUCUUUUCUGCCUGGCGGUGUUAUGGAUCAGCCUCUGGAAUCAGUUCAAUCGCCUUGGGGUGUACAAACAAAGGAUCCGAUUCGGGAAAGUCGUAUUCCUGGUCAUAAUUCUGAUAAUGCUGGUGAGUUACCGCCGCUCUGAUUUCCAAAAGUUCUUCCCGGCAGUAUGUAAUAACAAAACAUUUCCUGGGCUAAUAAUGUAAGAAAUAACACAAACUAAAUACUGCAAAGUUAUCUAAAAGCUAGAAGCACAGCAGCCCUAUCCGUCAGCGACAUUUUCCGCGUCAUACCCCUCUGGGAUCGACCCUUGUUGUGCUUUACUCUCCAGAGCAGGGCACCGUUCAAAAGAGUGAUCAAUGGGGUAGCAUUGAGUGUAGAGGUUGAUCAAAUAAAUAAAAAAUAUUCCUGGUGUUUGACGCCCAGUUUGGUGAGACAUAGACCUGGUGGCAAUGGCAAGACUGAGAAUAAUCUGUCUUGAUGAGCUUUGAUACAGAGUUUCUCCCUGGUAAGGUAAUAUUUGUUAUUUUGUGAGGGCCUAGGUUCUGAACCUGGCCUAGGUUUCGGACAUGUUGCAGCAGUGUGAUCCCACAAUGUGAGAUAUGUGCAGGAUGGCAUAGUCAGAGGGAGUUUAAAGUUGGGAUAGAGAAUGCCUGGGGACCAGAAUUUUUUAAAAUACACUGGAACAAGACAGUGUUUCAUUCUGGAAAUGGUCCUAUACAAGCCGAAAUGUUGAAUAAAAUUAUAUUUGAACUUACUCUUUCAAUUUUCCGUGGUCCUUCGAGACAAAAUAUUCACAGGAAAGUAUUAUUUACCUGACUUGUUAGAGUGGUACUGAAGUAGACAUUUCUAUCACAUUUGCAAAAACAUGUAAACACCUGCAAGACUUUGGUUAGUAUGCAUGGUUUGCGUGUGUGUGUGCCUACGGUCAUGAGAAAAACAUAUUGAUUUCCACACACAUUGACCCGCGUUUUGAAGUUGGUUUAAUAAUACUUUCCUGUGGACAACCGGCAGAGUAAGUUAAAAUAUAAUUUUAUUCAACACUCGUUGUCUACAUAAUUUAGUGACUAGGAUUGAGAAAGCACUGUGUGUCAACUAUGGGGGCGCCCAAGAUAUACACUUAAAUAGUCUAAAUCGAUUCUCAAUUGCGAUGCGGUUCUAGAAACAAAGCCCUUUACUUUAAUACCACAUCAAAAUAGUUUCACAUAUGCAAAUUAUACACUUACUGUUUUAACUGGCUUUAUUAGAGUUGCAAAAAACAGUAUUAUUCAGUUACAAGUUUCUGGCAGCCUCCUUCCGUUACACACAGGGGUUCAAAGCAUGUUAGAUAGCUAAUUAGCACAGGAGGUCCUUCUGUCUUCCGUAAACAUGUGCUGUAACAUGGAGAUAUGGGCUGCAUUUCAAACUCAUAAAAGACUUACCCUCGCCUUAUGCUCCUGGGGGAAUCCCCGCGGCCAUCUUUGCCGUUGGUCCAAAUGAUUAGUCAAGCAAGGGAAGUUGGCAACGUAAGCCCCUCAGCCCUCGUUUUUGAUAGAGUUUGCGAGUGUACAACUAUGUUCACUCCGGGCCUGAAACGCCCCAUAAUUCAAUUCGCGAUGAUUGUACACUCACUAAGAAAAGUCUGCCAAAACUUAAAACCAACAUUAAUAUGGAGAAGUCAACAUACAAGUUGUCUUGUUUUGCACACUUUGUACAAAAUAAUAAAAUGCAGAACUACAGGAUAUUUCUUAACGUAGCUCUUUAUUAGCUAGCUAUAACUGGCAUGUUCACGUAUCGCUAACCAGGAUCAAACUGACCAUGACCUAACCAUUUGAGUGGUCUUAACCAAUCAUAGCACAGUAUGAUAUGGUGGUAAACUGCAUCCAAUUACAAUUCAGUAUGUUUACACAUAUGAAUAUUACACAAGUGUAAGUAAAAAAGAAUGCAACUAAGUUUGAAAUUGUCCUACUAAUGCACUUAAGGGCUCAAAUACCUAUCAUAUCAGUAAUUAUGUUUUGUUUGGUUAGCUUUUGGAAACGUUAACUUCCGCACAUAACUUUCCCUGAAAUCACAUACAUUGUAAUUUUCGAUUUACCUGACAUAACGUAUUAGGAUGGCUAACAUUCGAUGUCUACGGAUGCAUUGUCUUCUAGCCAAGAUAUGAAAUCAUCAAUCAUAAUUGACUUUAGUGCAUAUAAGGCACACACAACAGUUACCAUGAUGACUGAAAACACAAAGGUAGGAUGAAUGAGUGACAAAUUUCCGGGCAAGAGGGGCCCAUUUAAAAUUAAUUCAUUCUUCCCUCGCCCCUUUCCCUGCAAGUGUCAACUCGUGUCCACUUAAUUUGAGGGCUGAGGGGAGAGAGUGUGUAUUUGAAGUGUUUGGAAUGCAGCCAUUGACGUGUGGGAACACUAAUCCUAACCCUAUAAAGGCCUAUUUUAACCUUGUAUUAUUUUUGCUGAUAUGAAACUUUGCAUUCCUUAUGUUUCCAAAACCGUACCGCAAGCGAUACGUGUUGACGUUUAGAGUUAACAUAAAUUCUAUCAUUAAUAGGCGGUAGUUAAUGUCUAUGAAUGGGGUAGGGCACCCAUACAGCUGGGGAUACGAGGUGCUCUGUGAGAGAGACGAGUUUGAGUGGGGCAGAAAGUUUCCUAUGCUGAGGCAGUGAAGAGAGUAGAGGAUAGUCCAAGUGUAAGUGAUUUGACUGGGAGCCCCCAGUGAGUAGGCCUGAAGAGAGCAAUCCAGGAUGAGUUUUAGUGAGGUAGGAUUUAUUGCUCUUAUUGCUAUGGUUAUUAAUUGUCUGCACUGAUGGCGCGUAAAUCCCAUGAAAUAGAUGUGGCAGUGGCAGCAGCUGUUGGCCUGGAGUAGGAUCUGGUAGGGCUGAAGUAUUGGUUUAUGAGGUAAGUGUGUAUGUGUAGGGUUAGAUAGUGGUGCGAUUUAUUUUCCACCAUCUUUUCUGUGGCAUAAUGUGCAAUUCAUACUCCGACCUGUAAAAGACAGCAAGACAGUGUCAAUUCUGCCUGCCGGAAACUCACAGGAAGAAGUAAACCUAUGCUAGGACAGUUUAAUAUUUACCUUACUGAGUCUUUGGAAUAAAGUUAUUUAUUAUUUUCUAUUCUAUUCUAACACACUUAUUUGUAAGCAAGUCUGCUUUGAGCUUGAAAGAUGCUGAUCAGAGGAGAUUUUAUGUGUAAUGUAAUAAAGAGUACCGUAAUUCAAAGGACAGCGCGCAUUCCUUUUUCAUUUAACCACACCCUUUAAGCUAUGACGCCAACAAAUAAGAUAAUUUAUCUUCUGUGUAAACGGAAGUGAACAGGUGACUUAGAACCAUUUCCAAGCUAACGUUUUUAUUGUUGUUAUUUGGACGUUUAUUAACGCAAUGGAACCUUAAAAUAUGAUCAAUUUAACUGCACAUCAUCACAUACUUACCUCAUGUAGUCUUUAAUUCGCGUUGGAGAUAGGACUUGAUAUAUGUUAUCUAGGUAAUGCUAGCUAGCUGCAAAAGUUAGCAAACAAUGGCUAACUGUAUGGUUUUUCACACUCAAAUAGCCUCCAUCAUGGAGGUGCUAGCGAAUGCAGCAGUGGCAGAGAUCUGUAAAAUCGUAGACGACGACUAUGCAGUGUUUCGUUUGGAAAUUUCUCAAAGCCAGAAAGAAAACAGGGGAUUGCGGAGGAAGCUACAGCUAUUGGAACUAAAGGUGUCACGGGAGCGCGCAGAGAGGACAAUUCGAGAGCGCGUCCUCGCCAGUCGUCCCAGUAGUGUCAAGAUCCUCGACCGAUACAGAGGAAUGGCAAGAGGUGAAGGACAUCUUACUGGAGGCCACAGGGGCUUUGUGAAGCCAGCGGGACACAACGCGUGGAGAGAUGACCAACCCAUAGCUAUAGAUGAGGGUUGUGGAACCUCAACCCAGCAUGUUAUCGUAAUAGAGUCUGCAGAUGCAGAGGCUGCAGGUCCUGGAGAAUCGUCUCUCGUCAAGCAGGAGAGGACUGAAGGAGAUGACCCACGACACAGCAGAGACAUCCAGACUGGCGUAGUGGCUGGAGUGGUGCCCCCUUUAGCCACGGAGGAACCCGCUGCCCCGCCCCAGCCUAAGAACCGAUGCAGCAUCAUGGAGGAAGAGGAGGGUCCAGAGGUGCUGCUGCUGAAGGAGGAGGGGUGUGAGGAGGGUCUGAGGAACCCUGAGGGGACCAUGGUCAUGGAGGACAACCAGACUCCACCUCCUCCUGAACCCACAGAGGAACCAGCUGAGCAGCACAGGACCACACACAGUCUCACUGAGUCAGUAGACAUGGAGGAUGGGAAGCCUGAUCUACUGCUGGUCAAAGAAGAGACAAUGAAGGACGGACCAGAGAGCAUUGACCUGCGGAGUGGACUAAAGAUGGGGGAGCAAGGUGGUUGGCUGGAGGCUAACAGAGGAGACUGGGUGGCCAUCUUGGAUUCCCAGACUCUGACCGGUGCAGCAAAGGGCCCAGGGGACAACAUCACUGAACAGGCCAGGACCAGAAGCGACAUAGUGGAGUCUGCAGUCAAUGAGGACUUGUUGAUAUCCAGUGUUGCAGGUGGGAGAGACUGGACCUCUGAGGUGGCUGGUCACAAACCCUGGCCCCGGAUCAUGAUCAUGGAUCAGGAGCCGCCACUCUUCCUUCCUGAGUCGGAUCCGCGACAGAGAAUCCACCACCACACAGAACACAACCAGUGGACAGGUGGACUGAACAAUCUCAGUCCUGGUGGUCAUCAGAGAGACCGAGGCUCCAGUCAGGGAUCCAGUCUGCAGCCCAGACCCUUCUCUUCACAAUCUCAGUGCAGGGAUGAAGCAGGGCCUGGGGCUGAUAGAGAUGGACCCUCCUGUUCCUAUGAUACAAACACUGCAGUAUCCAUGAUGAACAGAGCAGGUCACCCUGGGCUUCAGCCUUCAGAGAGAGUGGUGGGAGACUCCCCUGAUGGGAAUCUAACAGGAAGUCUGUCUUCUCUUUCAGGACCUCGUCUAAUGCCUAGUGACUGGGUUCAUAAAAGGCCUGGACCUGGGUCUAGUCUUCCUCAGCUACCUCAUCGUUACCCUACCAACACAACACACAAUCCCAACAACACCCAAACAAUGGCUAGAGGUCAAGGAGGGAGCUCAAACACUAACCACAUGAGGGUGGUGGCUCCUGCUUCUACCUCCUCUGGUGUCAUUGGGUCACAAUGUGGGAGGCUGAGUAUUAGGACGGAUGCCGACAAGCCGUACGCCUGCCCCACAUGUGGGAAGCGCUUCGCUCAGGCAAAUUAUGUGAAGAUGCAUCAGACCGUUCACACCAAGGAGAAGCCCUUCAAGUGCAAACUAUGUUACAAGAGCUUCUCCUUCCUGACUAACCUUACCAGACAUAGGAGUGUCCACAAUGGGGAGAAAUCAUAGCAGUGUGGUUUUAGAUGUACACAGAGGAUAUCUGGGAACUAUUCUUUAGCUGACAUAUUAUCGCUAUCUUGUGAAGUGUCUUGGGGUAAGUCCAUCAGUUCAGUGGCGACCCCAGACAUUUUUCACAGGGGUGGCCAGAUGGGGCCACUGAAAAUAUUGGGGUGGCAGACCAAAACCAAAAGCCUUAACUGAAUUUCAGGAAUUCUAUUAUGCUGUUGUAGUAUAUAGGCAAGUUGAAAACAAUGUCAAAAUGAGAGUUAAAGAAUUCCAUACUUUGGUUUCUUAUUUUACAGUUAAUGUUACUAUUUAUCUGAUGUGCAUAGACUAAUACCGGUACAAUUAACAUUUUGAGUUCCACAACAAUCCUGUUUUAAUGUGUCAUGUAUCUGUAUAUACAUGUGUUUAGGAGAUUCAUUGUUCGUCAAAUAGGCUUGUUGUCCUUUUCCUUAAAAAGACAAAUAUACAGCUUUAAUUUGAAGUACAUUGAUUGUAAGGAACAAUACAUUUACUGGGAACAAGCCUACUCGAGUUUAAAAACACCACACAGAGGCCUCCAAUUAUAUUCAAUACAGCUUCAUUUGGCUGUUGCUGUGUCUUUUUGUAAACAAAAAUAUUAUAUUAUAUAUGUCCCAAAAUGGAAAAACAAAAGCAUAAUCAUGGACAACAAUAUACAUUUUACUAUAGCCUACUCACAACCUAUUCAUAUCCCUGCUUUAUUAGGCUACAUUCUUUUCAGUACGGCUUUAUUCACCUGUUGCUGUGUCUUUUGGCAAACACAUCCACAAAAUCAUCAAGAUUUAUGGCACUAGCCCUUCUUGACUCUACACUUAAUCAAGACUGUCUCGAGAAAUACAAUGAGUGACGAGCGAUUGAGCAAUUUGGGGGUGUUAACUUUAGCACAGAAAAACGGCGCUCACAUGCUGAUUCAAGGCUUGUAUCCCUUGCAUUAUGACACAAUUUUCAUCAGAAAAUCUUCUCUUCACCUCAGAGAGAAGCACAUCAACAAUUGGAAUGAAUGAACCUGCCCGAAAUGACUCCUUAUCUGUGUUGACCUGUCUUUGAACUAUUGGAGUGGAAAUGUAAUACCCUUGAUGUGCCCAAGUUGAAUUGUGGGGACUGUAAAAUAUCUGACAGAUGUUUUAUCUCACCAAAAACAUUGGUGAAUGUUACAAGGAGGCCAACAAACUUUAGAUAUAUUUGGGCUAAUAGACCUCUUGCCUCUACAGCUCUGUCUCCAUUUCUCUCUUCAGAUAUUUCUUUCGGUAGACAUAUGAUGGCUGGCAGUCUCUCCCUCGCGGUCUUGCAAGCAUUGUACCUACAUGCCCACCGUGUCUCUAUCAGCUGUUGUAACUCUCUCGGGGCCCCCUGAAACAUCUCCCUUUGUACCUCUAGCCACAUUUGGUGCACAUAUGACCCUGACAUACAGUUUCUGCAAAAUAGAAAAGAAACAAUAGGCUUCAGGGAUGCAUUUUACACUGUCAAACUAAUACUACAUUUAAGCAAUGUGCAUUUCAGUGAACAUAAAGCUAAUGGGGCCUCUGAUUUAAUGCGUGCUUGCACACCUGUGUCCUUUCCACUCAUGACAGAGGCACCAUCAUAUGCUUGCCCUACUAGGUGGUUUCUGUAGUCAAGGCCAUACUUCUGCAGUAUUUGUACAAUUUUCUGUGAAAGUGGUGUAGCAUCCUGGUGCUCUGCUGCUUCAAAGGUGAGGAAACUUUCACAUAUUGACCCAUUGUAAUAGUAUCAAAUUACAAAGGACAUCUGUUCGUUCUUGCUAAUGUCUUUGGUCUCGUCAACCAUAAUGCUGAAAGCCUCACUUUGUGCAACUUCACUAAUUAUUGAGGUGUGUACCAUUUCAGCCAUGCAAGCAAUUAUUUUGUUUUAUGUGUACUAUGCCCAGAGUAUGUUGCAUUUCUUUGACUUGUCAUUUUUCUUUUGACUAUGUGAUCAUGCUUGACUAGCAGUUCCAUAGCAGAGAGGAAAUGUCCUUUUUAUUCUGACCUGCAGUUUCUUUAUGUGCUCUCUGUGCCACGUUUUGCGUAGCUGUGAGGAGCAGGGUUUCUCCCAACAGUUUUAAUGUACUCUCUAUUUCCCCUCACUAAUUUAUUAGAUUCUGCAUUUAAGGAGGCUGAGAGGGAGCGUUUGCUUGCAGUCGGCUUUUCAUAUUCUGCCCAUGCUAACAUAGCAUUAGUAUGUGAUUCUAAUUUUUUUCAUCUUUGUAAGUAGCUUUUUUCACAUUUUUGAACCACUCUUCAGAUGUAAACACUGAAUCACCUGAGGGGGAGACUGAAGUGCCGGCAAGCAUAGCAGUAGGCAGAGUCUUUACUCUGAGAGUAUUCUCGCCAUUUAUGCGCACUGUACCACUCUUUCAUGAAGCCUCGUCUUCUAUCCCCCUGAAUGGUCCAAGGGAAAAAAUACAGAUGUGACUGUUUGGGCCCCUCUGCUCUUGACUGGGAUAUAUCUAGGAUGAAACGAGGCAAAAUCAGUUAUUCUGAUUUUAAAAUAACAAUAAUAACAUGAGUAGCUAGGCCCUCUCCAUAGUAAUUGCCGUUUACAUUUGUAAUAUCGGCCUAUAGACAAUUUUAUUCAGACUAUUCAAACUCAACUACCAAUAAACAUGAAUCAGAAGGCUU